AUGUCAAAAAUUCCAAAAUAAAUAAUAUCUGUCAAGUGAAGUUACUUUGACUUCUUGCUGUCUGAUAUCGUUGUUAUUUCAUUGAUAAUACGAAGAAUACAUAUACACUGAGAUCGGAUUGUUAACAUCUCAGUUGUGUAACACGAAUCAUGCUCAAAAGAGGUAAACAACUGAUUGUAUAGUUAAAAGUUGUAACGUGUGAACUGUGAAUAUGUCCGCGUCUACAUCUGCUACCGAUGCCGUGCAUCCCCGGUUUUUAGAGAAACCUGUCGUUAAUGUUGGCGUUGGUGGCUUGAAAGUAGUGCUUGUCCAGUUGGCAGUGGGGAUGGACAAGCACCAAAAUGUAACAGAAGCAGUGAAACAGAUACACCUAGCCAAAGCAAAUGGGGCUCACCUUGUGGCACUGCCGGAGUUCUUCAAUGCACCUUAUGGCACUAAGUACUUUGCCAAAUAUGCGGAGAGCGUGCCAGACGGUGAGUCCUGUCUUGCCCUAAAGCGGGCGGCGCAGGAGGCCGGCGUGUAUGUAGUGGGAGGCACUAUGCCCGAGCGAUGCGGGGACAAACUGUACAAUACUUGCACUGUGUGGGAUUGUGCUGGGGAUCUCGUUGCGCAACACAGGAAGGUCCACCUAUUCGACAUAGACAUUCCCGGCAAGAUAAGGUUCAAAGAGUCAGACGUGCUGACUGCCGGCGACAGUAUCACGACGUUUGACUGCUACGGCGUGAAGAUAGGGCUCGGCAUCUGUUACGAUCUGCGCUUCUUUGAGAUGGCACAGCUUAUGGCUAAAGAAGGCUGCUCCAUGCUGAUAUACCCGGGAGCCUUCAACAUGGCGACGGGUCCGUGCCACUGGGAGCUGCUGGGCCGCGCGCGCGCCAACGACCUGCAGCUGUGGGUGGCGCUGGUGUCGCCGGCGCGGGACGCCGCGGCAGACUACGUCGCCUGGGGACACUCCAUGCUCAUCAACCCCUGGGGAGCCGUCGUGGCCGAGUUGGACGAGAAACCUGGACAGCUCUGUGGUACUGUUGAUUUGGACCCGCUAGAGCAAGUAAGGAGUCAGAUUCCAAUCAGAGCGCAGAGGAGAACGGAUUUGUACGACACCGUCUCUUAUACCAAAAGAACUAUCAUUUUAACUGAUUGAUAAGAAGCAAAAUCCUUCAUCUCAAUAACUUCUCAGAAAAUACAAAAUGGUGGGAGCUGAAGAUGAAAUGUUUUAAACCAAAAGGGAACAAGUGCUGCAAUUGAUUAAAAUAAAACAUUUAAGUAAGUUUUAUUCUUAUAUACAUAAUUGUUUUAUUU